AUGUUCAAAAACAACACUAUCAAUUUAUACAAAUGUACAUCAAUCAUUAAACAAAAAUCUACAAAUGAGAUUCUUCAACAAAAGAAAUACAUAUAAAAACAAUAUCUCAAACAUCCUAAGCCAUAAAAAUUCUAUCCUGGUACAUUAGAGGAUUUAUAUUUUAAAUUUCAUUGUCAUGGGUCUUCUAUGACAUUUGAUAAUCAAAUGGAUAUUCUUUAGAACAUGGUUAAUUAAAAUAGUUCAUUUAAAUAUCUUUCCUUUUAUGGUGUACCAUCAAUAAUUAGCUCAUUAACAAGUGAACUUAAAAGUUUAAACUAUACAGAUACAGAUGGUAAAUCUCUCUCUUUAAUUAAUAGAAUACAAUAUUUCAUAGUUCAUUAAUAUUCUUCAUUAGAUUAAAUAUUAUGAUUAAUAAUCUUGGAUUGUAGCCAUGGACAAUUAUCACAAAUAAGGUGUACUCAAUUGGUAUUAAUACACUGAGUUUACUCAUGCUGUGUAUGAUUUUUCAGCAUGCUUAAAUGAAAUAUGGCAUUUAAAUAUAGUAAAAGAUAUUUCACAAGAAGCUUUUUGUGAUUUUAUAGGUUUUGUAGAAAAUAAACGAAAUCUUGAUCUUUGUGAGAAAGAAUUGAAUCAAGCAUAUUAACAUCUAAGAAAAUUUAAGGUAUUUGCUAUGAAAAAUUAAAUGCUUGUUAUAAUGCAAUAUUUUAUGUAUGCCUUAAAAUAACCACCUGUAUCUUUGGAAACAUAUUAAUUUAUCUUUUUCUUUUGUAUGGAUCACCUCCUUAUAUAAGAAUUAGAUUAGGCUAAUCGUGCAUUAUUCCUUAAAUUGAUAUAACAAUUUCAUUUGGAACUUAAUAAUUUCUAAGAUAUCAAUAAAUUAAUGUAUAAUUUUGAAGAUUAUAUAUUAUUAAUCAACAUGAUGUUAAAAUAUCAUGAAGAGAUUGAUCAGCCAUUUAGAGAUUAAUUUGCUGAUAGAAUUAUGAAUUUAUUUCUGAGAGGAGAAUUAGAAAAUGUUUCAUAUGAUUCUCUUAAAAAUUUAAAUAUUUUAUCUGAGAUAGUACAUAAUUAAAAAUGUUUUACACUUGCUAAUUAAGUUAUUUAAAUGAUUAAUGAGUUGUCUUUAGUUAAUUUGAAAAAUAUUAAGUAAAAGAAAUAAGACCUUCUAAGCAUUUUUAAUGUAUUUGAAAAAUUAGAAGAUAAAGAUCAAAUUUUAAUAGUUUUAGCCAAAUCUAAUCUGAAUUUAGAUGAUGUUAAUUUUAGUCAUGAAGAUUUGAUUGUUUUUCUUAAAAAAUUAGAUGAAACAGAUUUAGUAUAUUAUUUGACAGACUUAUUGGAAUCUACUUUAACUUAUGUAGCUAAAAAUAUAAAUGAUUUUCAACCAGAUGAUUGGUGUUUCACAUUCUAUUUGGUUUAUAAAUAUGUUGUUAAAGGUCAUGAAGAAGCAAGUAAAUUUGAUAAUGAUUUAAAUAUCUUAAAGUAAUACAUCAAGUUGAGAUAUAUGACAAGUUAUAGGUAAACUAUACCUACUUAUAAUUCAUAUUAUAAAAUAUUGUCAGUUGUAGAAAUAGAAGUAUUCUUUGCUGACGAUUUACUCAAUCUAUAUUGA